AUGGCUUUACAAAGGCAUCUAUUUCAAGUGUCAAAAUAUUGUUUAACCAGACAGUGCAUACUUCAAUACAAUUUAAGACAAACAUAUUGUGAAUUACAUCAUAAAUAUAGCACUGGAAUCAAUCGAAAAUACACAGAUAGACAUGAAUGGGUGGUUGUAGAAAACAAUAUUGGCACUGUUGGAAUAAGUAAUUAUGCCCAAGAGUCUCUUGGUGAUGUGGUUUUUGCACAGCUUCCUGAACCUGGUACAGAUGUAAAUGAAGGAGAUGAAUGUGGUGCUCUAGAAAGUGUCAAAGCAGCUAGUGAAAUAUAUUCUCCUGUGAGUGGAAAAGUAACUGAAAAAAACAUUAAUGUUGAAAAUAAACCUGGUUUAAUUAAUUCAUCUUGCUAUGAUAAAGGAUGGCUGUUCAAACUAACACUAACAAAGCCUGAACAGUUAAGUGAACUUAUGUCAGAAGAUCAGUAUGAAAAGUUUUUGAAGACAGAUGUAGAGAAAGACCAU